CAAGAGCUGUUGAGAGUCUACCACCAAGAUGCUGAGAACGAUAGCUAGAAAUUUUACAGCCACGAGGAGAGCGCCACAGAAAUCACAGGGUUUGGAUUAUUUGCUAGAGAACAUGGAGCCUCUGCAGACGAGAUCCAGCGCGCAGAACCCGUCAGAGUAUCUGCCAGCAAGCUCCUUCAGAACUGGCCACAGCUACUACCCCUCGAGCUUUGGACACACGCCCGCACAAUUCUUCAAAAAGCCUUCAGCGCCCGAGGGUGUCAAGUUACCUGAUCUGAACAGGCUCUCUCUGUCCCCUAACGCCAUGUCUGUCUUCUUAACCUCGAUGGGCAAGAUACAAUCAAGGAGGAAGACCGGCUUGAGCUGGAAAGAACAGCGCAAACUGGGCAAGGCAGUCAGGAGAGCAAGACAGAGCGGUCUUUUGAACACAUUCGCCGUCGGGUCUAACAGGAAGUUGUAAUAAAUGAGCGUAUGCAUGCACUCAAAAAAGUACUAUAAUGGUAUUAGGCUUUCUUGGCUUCGUCAACGGAUUCUUCUGGGUGUCCCUUGGUCUCCUCAGCUGCUGCGUCUUCUUUGGCUUCCUCUUUGGUGUCCUCCUUUGGGGCAUCCUCCUUGGCUGGAGCGUCAUCCUUCAGCUCGCCGUUCAACUUGACACCCUCUUCGAACUUGUCCUUGAAAGCCGUUGCGUUCUCUGCGUUAGCGAAUCUGAUAGCCAAUGUUUCAGCUGUUGGCUCGCCCUCUGAGACAUCUGCAGCGACUGCCCAUACCCAGCUGCGAUCGCUGCCAAUGUUAGGAGAGAGCUUCAUGUCUGGGGUGAGGAAGUGGUUCGCGCAGACCUUCAAUGUCUUGUCUCUGCGCAUGACCAGACGUACUUUCUUGGUCUCCUUGUGCUGGAGUAUACGGACGUCACCCGUACCCCUCUCCUUCCAUUCGGAGGAAUCCUUAGCGAACCUGAACAGCUUUGCUCUGAUCUUGAAGAGGACUUCCUCGUCCUCCUCGUUUGUCUUUGUCUCGACCGUCUCUGUGAGCUUAACAACAGGCUCGAAGUGAGCUGUUGACUCUUCUUGUGGCUCUUCAACGUGUGCUGUCUCUGGCUUUGGCUCUUCUGCUGACAUUAUGGAUGUAAGCGCUCGAGAUCGUCCCAGGCUUCUUCUUCUCUGAAACGCCAGAUUAAAAAUUAUUCAACUAUGCAGCAAUUAUUAUACGCUAUACUGGCUCUGGCAGUCACUAUAGAAGCCUACAUUGUGACUAUACCAGCCCGCUCUAAGGAUUGUUAUUUCGAGGACUUGCACAAGAAUGAUGAGAUGACCGUCACUUACCAGGUGUCCAGCGGUGGCAAUCUCGACAUCGACUUCGCACUCUCUGACCCUUCUGGCCCCCUAUACACCAACAACGGCAAAGAUACCGGUACUUAUUCGUUCAUCGCAGACAAAGACGGCAGGUACACCUACUGCUUCAGCAACGCUAUGAGCUACAACACUGACAAGACGCUGUCCUUCAACGUGCACGGCAUCUUGUACGUGCCAGACGAGGGACACACCCUCCCGAUCGAACACGAGAUACGUGUCCUCGCAGACAACAUUAAGGCUGUCCAGGAUGAGCAGGAGUAUCUCAAAGCGCGUGAGAGAAGCCACAGAAAUACCGCAGAAUCAACAAAUAGCAGGGUGAAAUGGUGGUCGCUUGCACAGUCUGGCUUGCUGAUCGUCACUUGCGCCUGGCAGGUGUACUAUUUGAAGGCUUUCUUCGAAGUCAAGAGAGUAAUCUAAUACAUUUGAUAGUACAAAUGAACGUGUAUUCCAUUAAAUGAGUUGUUUAGUAAAAA